CUAGUUGCAUUGUCAAAGCCUAGGGACAAACAAGCAGGAAGCUAUAGCCACCUUCUUCCUGCCAUGCGUGUGAGCUUCCCAGAGCCAUUUGAUUGGUCACUGCUGGAAGCAAAAUGGCAUUUGGUUUCCUGACUUGGUAAGGCAGCUUUGGAGUCCCAUUGAUUAAAUGUAGCUGUUAAUUGACAUAGAGGUUCACUGUAGCUUCUAAGGUAUAAGUAUUUUAAACACGGGAAUUGCCUGUCUUAAAGGCAUGGGUGAGCUGUUACUUACAAUGUUCCUCUUGUAAGGGGGAGGAAGAGGCAGAGGAAAGGAGAAACUUGAUUCUUUCACACAACGAAAGCAAGAUAAAGCCCUUCUCUCUCUGGAAGGCUGCCUGUAGGUUUUCGCAGCAGCACAGAGAUGAAGGAGCAAGAUGCAGGUGGUAGGAGGGAGUUGGAUUCAAGUCCAGAGGAGGAGGAAUUGGCUGCACCUGAAUCUCCAAGAAGUAGGAGGCGGAGCAAGCAAUUAGAACAGAGGCGCUGCUUCUGUGCACGCGCAUGGCACGAUCAAGCAAUUCUGCACAUGCGCACAGUGAGCAGCAUGCUUCUGCGCAUGUGCAUGCAGUGAAACCCAGAAGUAUACACUUCUGGGUUUGCCGAAAGUUACGUAUCCAGAGUGGUAUGUAACUAGAGGGUCUACUGUACUGCAUGUGUUUUGGGGUGGGGAGCUGAAUCCGGCCAGUGGGUCAGAUUCAGACAUGCUCUCAAAUGCCACUUCCACAAUCAUCUGAUGACCCCAUGCUGGCAGGUGAAGAGUUUUCCUUUGCCCACACAGGGUAGCCAAUCCCAACAGGGCUUGGUGUCAGUGCCAAUCAGCUGACUGGGGCUUACAGAAAGCCUUCCUUGCUAAGGACCCAUACUUAGGAGCACACUUCAAAGUCCCAAUUGUUUCUUUGCAGCCACAUACUUACGGUACCUGCCCAACACCUAGUAUCACAUAGGAUGCCAGGUGUAGGGCAAGUGUGAUUGGAAGAAAUGGCUUCAUGGGCCAAUUUGGGACCUUUGCUGGGCCUUAUCUGGCUUGUGGGGCAGAUGUUAACCACAACAGAUGUAUGUGGAAGAGCGAUGGUAAUUGGCUUUUUAAAAAGAAGUCGCUAAAACAAGUUUUUGUUAUGGCUGAAAUCUGGAGCUCUGAAGCUGGCCUCAUAACUUCUUACACCAAAUUGCUCAGCUAUGAUGUUUCUUCUUAAACACACUUUCCACCUGAAGCAGUGACAAGAGGGGAAAUAGUUCUUUAAUGCCAUUAUGGCUUUCCCCUUCCAAAACAGUGGCUAAGCCCUCAUAUCCUGUUCCACCUCCUGCCGCCUUGAUACAGAGAACCUCUUUGAACCUUUGCUACUUAUCACUGACCUUGCUCACAAUACAGAAAUCAUGUGCAUAUCUCUUGACCAACAAUGAAUCCCUUCAGCAGUUAGGAUUCUUGUCAGUUGCUUUGGUUUUUUGCUCAGUGUCUUUGAAUCAUCUAGCUGUGGGAAUUGUGGAGAGCAGAGAAAACAAAAUAUCCAAGAACAUUUGGAAAUAGAUGGAGCUUUUUAAAAGAAGUAGCUUGUGCUUUUUAUGUGACUUUCAAGAAAGAGUAGGAUUAAAUCCCAGCACAGCUGCUGCCUCUGAUCUUCAGUAGUCAACCAAAGGCAGCCCAGAAGUUCUGGUGACCACUUAGUGCAAGCCUCCUGCUCAAUCUGGUCAGACCUUCAUCUGGCCAAAAAUGUGGUUACGUUCUCAUGAAACAAUGCACACUGAAGAUCACUUAAGAGUGGCGUAGUGUUUCUGAGUAUGCCUUCUGGCUUUCAUACAUGCCAAAUGUCUUGGUGGACCUCAAUGAUUUUAGGGUUUCUAUGUGUGUUUUAUGUAGGCCGUGUAAAAUGUUUAGUGAUGGAGUUGAAAUGGAACAGAUAAUCUCUUGCUGUAUCUACUUCUAGAUGCAAUUGCCUCUUUAAAAUUAUGGGUUGUACUUUGGACAGUGGCCGAUGUGUUUCUACAGCUAGAAUAACCUUCCCCAACCUGGCACUCUGGCUGUUGUGGACUAUUGCUCCCAGCGUGAGACUGCUAGGAUUCACGUCUGAUAACCCCCUUAGGAAUGGAGCCAAAAACGCAAGAGAAGCUGGGAAUGAAGGAGAAAACAAGCUUGGCAGGUGUUGAACUCCCUUAUCUAAUCAAUGGUAAGACGAAGAUCACACAAAGCAACGCCAUCAUGAGAUACAUUGCACGCAAGCACAAGAUGUGUGGUGAGAGUGAAGAAGAAAUGAUUGGAAUGGAUAUCCUUGAAAACCAGCUCAUGGAUGUCAGAAUGGCCUUUGCAAGAGUUUGCUACAGUCCAGAUUUUGAAAAACUGAAGCCUGAGUACCUGGAGCAGUUACCCGGGGAACUGAAGCUGCUCUCCCAGUAUUUGGGGGACAGGAAGUGGUUUGCAGGAAAGAAGAUCACCUAUGUAGAUUUCCUUGCAUAUGAUGUCUUGGAACGGCUCUGGAUGUUUGAGCCAAAAUACUUUGAACAGUUCCCAAAUCUGAAGGAUUUCCUUGACCGCUUUGAGGCUUUGGAGAAGAUUUCUGCCUACAUGAAAUCUGGCCGUUUCCUGAAGACUCCCAUUUUUGUGAAAUAUGCCAGGUGGGGCAAUAAAAAAUAAAAGAGGAGAAUGUGGACCUUAAAGCUUCUGUAGAUGAGUGUUGGAAUCAGGGAUGGCCCUUGAAUGAUUCACCAUCCCUUCAUGCUUUUAAACAUGUAUGUUAUGUUGUGACUCUUAAUCAAGGUUGUCGUUGUGAUAAAAAAAGAAAAGGAUACUGAAACAAUUGUCCUGGCUUCUUAUUCCAAGAGCUCACAGGGCAC